AUGAACGCCACCGACCUUACCCACUACCUGGCCGACUCCCCGCCCGCCGUCGUCCGUCUUGAGAUCGAGAAGCACUUUGAGGCCCUCAACGACAAGCAGAAGCGCUAUGCGCACUUCAUCAGCCAGGCCUGCUUCGCGGGCACCCGCAUCGUGCUCCGACAGCUGUCGCCCGAGGCCGAGUCCAUCUAUGACUUGAUUCUCGCGCUGCACAGGAGCUGCAAUGGCGAAUGGAAGGCCCUGGCGAGCAAGGCCGGUGUCGAACAGGCCGAGAUCGACCACUUCCUCGACUACGCCGCCAUGUUCCUGGGCAACAUGGGCAACUACAAGAGCUUCGGAGACUCCAAGUUCAUCCCUCGCUGCAGCGAGAAGUCCGUCGCUGCCCUGGCUGCCACCAGCCCCGAGGCCAGCAAGUUUUACGAGGCCACCGGUGGCGCCAUCUUCAGCUCCGACAAGCAGGCUCUCAUGCACCUCGGCUUCCCUGACGCCGGUCACUUGAGCGAAUACUACCCUGGUUCGCCUGACAUCACCAAGGCAGAGAUCGAGGCUGUCUCGGCCUGGAUGGAGGCCAAGAACUUGCUCCCAGAGAACACGAGACUGCGCAAGGCAGGCGAUACCUUUGAGAUUCUCAUUGCUUCAUCAGCCACGUCGGUCCCGUCCAGCGGCGGCGACAUCGGCAAGGACACCUCCUUCACCGUUGAGGACGGGCCGUUGAAGGGCAAGACGAUCAAGCUCGUGUACGGAGACUACAGCAAGGAGAUGGCGGCCAUCGCGAAAAACACCCAGAAGGCUGCCGAGAACGCCGACAACGAGACUCAGAAGAGCAUGUACACCAACUACACGGAUUCCUUUGCCAACGGAUCCCUCGAGGCGUACAAGAACGCUCAGCGUGACUGGAUCAAGGACAAGGGACCCAUGGUCGAGUCCAACAUCGGCUUUGUCGAGACCUACAGAGACCCUGCCGGCGUUCGCGGCGAGUGGGAGGGGUUCGCUUCCAUGGUGAACCUCGAACGCACCCGGGCCUUUAAGGCUCUUGUUGAGAAUGCGCCCAAGCUCAUUCCUCUCUUGCCUUGGGGCAAGGAUUUUGAGAAGGACAAGUUCCUCUCCCCCGACUUCACGUCACUGGAGGUCAUGACCUUCAACGGAUCCGGUAUUCCUGCUGGCAUCAACAUCCCCAACUACGACGAUAUCCGCCAAACCGAGGGCUUCAAGAACGUGUCGCUGGGCAACGUCCUGAGCGCCAAGGCGCCCAACGAGAAGAUUCCAUUCAUUCGCGAGGAGGACGACGAGCUCUUCCGGAAGUACCGCGACGCCGCCUUUGAGGUCCAGGUCGGCCUUCACGAGCUGACUGGCCACGGUUGCGGCAAGCUUCUGCAGGAGACCGCCCCUGGCGUCUUCAACUUCGACAAGGACAACCUGCCCGUCAGCCCCGUCACCGAGAAGCCCAUCACCACCUGGUACAAGCCUGGCCAGACGUGGGGUUCCGUCUUUGGCAGCAUCGCCGCGUCGUACGAAGAGUGCAGGGCAGAGCUCGUCGCCAUGCAUCUCAGCUGCGAGUUCGAGGCCCUCAAGAUCUUUGGUUUCGGCGACGGCAACGUUGACAUUGACGGCGAGGCCGGCGAUGUCCUGUAUGCCUCGUAUCUCGGCAUGGCUCGCUCUGGUCUCGGCUCUCUCGAGAUGUGGGAUCCCAAGAGCCAGAAGUGGGGUCAGGCUCACAGCCAGGCUCGCUUCUCCAUCCUGAAGUGCUUCCUCGAGGCUGGUGAUGACUUCUGCAAGCUCGACUAUACCAAGGACGACCUGUCCGACUUGACCAUCAAGCUCGACCGCUCCAAGAUCCUCACUGCCGGCCGCGACGCCGUCGCCAAGUACCUCCAGAAGGUGCACGUCUACAAGUCCACUGCCGACGUCGAGACGGGCACCAAGUUCUACGUCGACAUGACCACCGUCGACCCGGACUUCUGGGGCACCAAGGUCCGCAAGGUCGUCCUCGAGAACAGGCAACCCCGCAAGGUCUUCGUCCAGGCCACCACGUCCCUGGACGAAGCGUCGGGCACCGUCUCGAUCAAGCACUACGAGGCUUCGCCGGUGGGCAUGAUCCAGAGCUGGGUGGACAGGAACCUGUAG